AUGCCAGUUUCUGAAGCCAAGAGUGCCCCAGCUGGGGCACCUCUCCUUUUUCCAACUAUCUGCCUCACUGCGUCCCUGAUAUUCAUCCUCCUACUGAACCGCCGAGCAUGUGAGAGCCUCGCAACCAAAUGCCUCCAAUUUAUUCAUCAGUGCUACACCACAGCCAAGGACCACAUCUCCCAACAAUGGUUUGCCGUCCCUCACGCAGCCAUGGCCACUGAAAUAGAGCUGCGCUAUGGGCUUCUCACCCCAUCUGAUACACCGACUGGAUCUUCUUUCGGAGACGACGACGGGUACAAUCGGUUGGACUGGGAAAAUGGAGAUGGAUGGGUCGACAUUCUGGUUGAUAACUACGUUCGAUGGUUAAUGGAUUCUGACUGGGACGACGAUACUUGGUGA